UCUAUAAAUCACUGAAUGGUUUAGGCCCCGAAUACAUUUCCAGAAUAAAAACAAAAGGUGCAGUGGUCUUAAUGUUUUCCGUAGCUGUAAAUCGAGCAGGGCUCUUAGAUCCAUGAACACAAUACAUUCGCCUAGCCAGGGAUGACAUUUUCCCUGUUGCCUAGCCAGGGAUGACAUUUUCCCCGUUGCCUAGCCAGGGAUGACAUUUUCCCCGUUGCCUAGCCAGGGAUGACCUUUUCCCUGUUGCCUAGCCAGGGAUGACAUUUUCCCUGUUGCCUAGCCAGGGAUGACAUUGCCUGUGAUGUGGAUGAGGAGGCCAGACCCUAACAGAAUACAUUAUGGCCACCUUGGUGACCCUCCUGCCUCUUCUGCAAGCAACAGAAGAGGCAUGGGUGGAUAUUGAAUUGUAGAGGCGUUGCUAGGAUCACAAUACUUUCGCCUAGCUGGGGAUGACAUUUUCCCCUUUGCCUAGCCAGGGAUGACAUUUUCCCCAUUGCCUAGCCAGGGAUGAUCUGGCAACAAAGGUUUGUUACAGAGAUACAAGGUAACAUGGAGCUAACAGGUAAGUAACGGGGAUUGUUACAGAGAUACAAGGUAACAUGGAGCUAACAGGUAAGUUACGGGGAUUGUUACAGAGGCAGAACUGUCAAAUUCUGACCAUUACUAGUGGAAACAAUAUGAACGUUUGUGGAAAGAACAAUGGAUAUCCAAGGAACCAGUAGGUACACUGGAAAUACGCAUGAAAUAAAAGUAUAACAACGUUUGAAAAGCGAGAAGGAUAAUGCUGUAUUGCACGUUAAUAAUACAACAGCAUUGCAGUAAAACUACAUGGUGUAGAAUUGUAAAUACAGGGGAAUUUAACAGUUGAGUUGUGCUGAAACAACAGUAAUGUCAAUGUGACAGGUAGUACCGUUCCUUCAAGAAUCAGACCAUCCCUUUCAGGAGACACCUUGGAGCCCGAUGUGGUAAUCAGGAAGAUCCCAGGGUAUUUCAGAUGUGGGGACUUGGUGACCAGGGAGGCUUUUGUUUGGGGUGCAGGAAGAUGGUAACGUCUGUGUUCCGGUGUUAAGGACCGGCAGUUGGAACUGGAAGAAACCAUGGCAUCGCAGGACUGGACCGCUGCGUUUCAUGUCAUCGCAGGACUGGACAGCUGCGUUUUUAGAGUUUUGUUCAGUUCUUUGAUUAGUCAAGGUUAGUUUGGGCUCAUGGCACGGAGAGUGGUAGGAUUAAGUGAAUGUCACCUUCACUACUUCCACCAAUGGUCGUGUGUGUGUGUGUGUGUCUCCACAGUCACUGUGGUGCAGGGUCUUUGGGUUCUUAGUGUAAUUCUCCCUCGCCGUAAGCCCUGCCCUCACCCUCCUGUUGUGUUGACCUUUGUUAAUUGCUUCGAUCCAUUCUGUUUAAUGCUUUUUAAUUAGAAUAAGAAAAUAAAGCUUCUGGUACAUUAUUAAUACCUUUUUAAUAUGGUCCAUUGUGAUAUGAAAAAUAAGGCCUUUGAACUGGAAAGCGUUCUUUUGUGCGGUUCCGCGCCGUAAGCCCUUCUCACUCCUUGUCCCAUGGUAAGGAAAUACAGGAGUGCAGCACCUAAACUGAUAAUGGGUACAGUGAUUGCCACAUUCUGACAUGCUUUUCAUUCUAUUGUUUUGUGGAACUUUCCUUAUAGUUUCCUUUUUAUUACAGCAUAAACGAACAAACAAUAAAUGGGAUUUGGAGGAGGCAACGGAGGAGAUGGAUGAGUGGCAUUGGCCUGUUUCCAGUGUGUCAUGGGUAGACCAAGGACAGUAUCUGCCGCUCAACGUCUCCUAUAAGCUUCUGGCUGGAACACCCCCAACUGAACAGAAGUACCUGACCAUUGGCCUGUGUUCAGUGAGUCGUCCUAAAGAUGGCUACCUGAUCUCCACGCUGUCGUCAGUUUUCUCCCACUCCUCUGCCACAGAGCUGAGUGCCAUGCUGGUGGUGGUGCUGCUGGCUGACUUUGAUUUCAAGUGGAGAAAGAGCACAGUGAAAGAGAUCAGGGCCAACUUCCCUUCCCAGCUGGAGCAGGGUCAGCUAAUAGUGGUGCAUGUCCCUAAACACUUCUACCCACCACUGACAGGUCUGAAGAGGAACUUUAAUGACCAGCCUGCGCGUGUGACUUUCCGCUCCAAACAGAACGUUGACUACAGCUUUCUGCUCCAGUAUUGUGCAGGGUUGAGCCUGCUCUACCUUCAGCUAGAGGAUGAUGUCUCCUGCUCCAAAAACUUCCUGUCUGCCAUCAGGGGGCGUGUCCAGCAACAAGAAAAGGCGGGCAGACGCUCCUGGGUCACUUUAGAGUUCUCUGCGCUGGGUUACAUUGGGAAGCUGUACCAUUCAGAACACCUACCGCUGCUCGCUCGCUUCCUCUUCCUGUUCUACCAGGAAAUGCCCUGUGACUUCCUGUUCAGUCACUUCCGAGUGCUCUUGACCCAGGGGGAGGCCAUCCGCUUCACGCCCUCUCUAUUUCAACACAUAGGAACUUUCUCCUCCUUCCAGGGCAGCUUCAACAAACUGAAGGAUGUGGACUUUGAGGAAGACCUCUACUCCAACCCACUGGCUGAUGUCUAUACUGACAUAACAGUGUAUAAUGACCAAGUAGCAGCUCUGGCCUGGUCUCCUGGUACCAAAACAUUUUUCUGGGGACAGAGUCCCUCUGCUGGAAACCACCUGACUGUUGUCUUCAAAGAGCCUGUGGUAGUUACAUCCAUUACCGUGGAGACAGGCUCAGCCGAGGGUCGUGACAGACUGGGCUCGGCAACUGUGGAGCUGGGAGUCCAGGCGAUCGAGGAGGGAACCGGGAGGACAUGCAAAGAGUUCUACAUCAUUGGAAGUCUUGAUGGAGGGAAGAUGAAGAUGACUGACAUCAACAAGAAGAGUGUUGGCAUUGCCACUUCCUGUCUAAGGAUACGAGUCACAGCUAGUCAGCAGGAAUGGGUUAUUAUCAGGAAGAUAAGAAUCACCACUAAGGAGGAAUGAACACACACAGACACACCCCUACAGACACACCCCUACAGACACACCCCAUCACACAGACACACCCCAUCACACA